UGAGAACCAUUUCGAUUUUCUAGAUCGUUGGUCCAUGUUUUCCAAAAUACUCUUUUUUAUUUAGAUGUUAAGUGUUUUUAUUUAGGUAUGGAUGUGGACGAGAACGCCUGGGAGUACAACUGUCCCCAGUUUGUAGAUUUUUCAAAUCCGGAUGCACUACCCCAAGCAGAUGACAAAGAGUUCUUCAGUGUUGCUGCCAGUGUCAAGGAGGAAGACUUUACGGCUCCUGUAGCAAGUGAAAAACCCCAGGCUACAUCCAAUUCUGGCCCAAGUAACGUAUAUUCCUCUUUGGACGCAUGGAAUAGGACGGGAGCCAGUAAAAGUACUGAUUCCUCCAAACCAGUGGCUGUGGAUAAAAGGAUAAAUGGCCAGUCUUCAGGCAAGGCUGUGCUAGUAAAACAGGCCUCGAUACAUCCACCCUCAAAGAAAGUGGAACAUGGGAGAAACUCUCUAAAACGCAGUCGCUCCUCCGCAAACACCAAACAGCAGGAGGAAAUUGACUGUCCCUCACCAGCAGCUAAGUCGAUUAAGCGCAGCAACUCUGUGAAAAGCCUGUCGGACGCCAAGUCAUUUCAGCGUUCCAACUCUUCCUCUGAUCUGGCCUCUAGGAAGAGGUUGACCAGAAGUACCUCUAACAGCACUUUGGCACCUGCGUCUAGCAGUUUUAGACUUACACGCACCACGUCAAGGGACUCACUGAGGGAUCGCUCUGUAAGAGAUCGCUCUCUCGAGGUAAAACCCACUGCAAACAGAGAAAAAAAGAUGGCCACACUGACUGUUGCUACAUCUCCCACCUUUCUGAGUCGACUACGCAAGAAAUGUGCUGGGAAAGCUCAGACGAAAACAACAGAAGAAAUUGAGAUAGAGCAAACUGCCAUGAUGAGGAAAGCUUUGCAGGAUAAACUGAAGAAAAAUCAGCAUGGCUACAAAAAGGCAUUAGCUUUGCCGGCUUUUCCGUCUGCUGCUCCUCAGCUUGCUAACACUGUUGUCCAGGAGUUUCACUUCCACACCGACAAGAAAGUGAGGACACACACAAUGGAAACCAGAAGUGAAACCAAGGACUUUGCUCAGACCUUGCGAUCAAAUUCUCAACCUCAUCAGAAGCAACUUCCUCAAGGAUGCAUGACUGUUGUACAACCUUUCAACUUGACAGAGAGUAAAAAAAGGCCUGAAGAAAACACGGGAGCAUGUGUAUUUAAGUCAAUGGCAGAGACCAUCAAAGAUUUCCACAGGCGAACUCCUGAUAGAUUUAGGACAAAAUUAAAAGAUCCCAGUCCAAGAAUGCGAUCUAAAUCCCCUCCUCACAAACUAACCCUUCCAAAGACGCCAUCACUGGAGACCAGGUCUAGGAGCAGACCUGUACACGCCCCAUCUCAGGAGGAGCUAGAGGAGCAGGAACUGGAAAUGAUCAAACAGAAUCAGUUUAAGGCUCACCCAGUUAACCCGAAGAUCUUCACACAUGGUCGCCUAGGACUGAAGAAGGUGGAGAGCAAGCCUGUCACUCAGGUGGAAGAAUUCAGCCUGACCUCUGACCAAAGGGUCAAGGUCAACUCCACCACCAACAAAGACAAGGAGGAGAAAUUUGAGUUCCAUGCUCGACCUGCCCCAGCAAAAAUCCUUGAGGGUGUUGUGGGAGUGAAGCCAGCAAAGAAGGUUGUGCCAACAGUGCCACAUUCGCCUGCUCUUUCGGUCAAGCUUCGCGCUCGCCUGCCCCGCCUCCAGCCCGAGCAGGAGGAGGAGUGUGUGGCUGUGCUCAGGCGCCCUGUCCCCCACACAGGGGUACCUUUUCAACCCCAUCUGCCUCAUAAACACAGUGUAGUGGAACCUUUCCAGUUUGAUGAGAGAGACAAGGAAAGAUGGGCAAAGAAGGAAGAGAAGCUGAAGCAAAUUGCAGAAGAACAAAAUAAGGUCCGAGACUUCGUUGCCAACCCAUUGCCUGAGAGUGUGAUAUCAAGGGAGAUAACCCUGCCUGCUAAACAGCCAAAACCUGCCACAGUUCCUCAGCCUUUUAACCUAGAGUUGGACAAGAGAGGAAAGAAAAGACAAGAGGAGUUCAAACACAAAGUUGAAGAAGAGGUGCAUCAUCUGAAAGAGUUGACCAAAUUCAAAGCUCAGGACAGCUCUGUAAUUCACAAGGAACCAUUUGUGCCAAAGAAAACUGGCAGGCAGUUAUGUGACAUUACUGAAUUCCGGCUAAAUACAGAGCUGCGUGCCAAGGCUCGUGAGAACUACGAGCAAUGUAAGAAGGACCGCCAGAUGUACAUGGAUGCGUGCCAGAGAGAGCAGGAGAUGCGAAGGAUGGAUGAGGAGAAGGCAGCAAUUUCUCAGAUGAGACAGGAAAUGGUGCACAGAGCUAACCCUAUCAGACAUUACAAGGCCGUGGAGAUUCAGGCAUGCACCAAACCCAUCACCCAGCCCCUCACCCCCAAACUGUGCACCGCCCGCAGACUACGCAGUAACACCGACAAUAGCAUUUCAAAUUGAAACUGUCUGUAUCCCUGGUUAUGUUUGCGUUUUAGUACAGGGGUCAUUUUUUAAUGUUCACAGCAUGGUUUCUGGUGUUUGUCAGUUCAUCACAUCAUUUUACUAUGUACUCAGUAUUUUAUAGGUAUGUCUUUAUAGUGAGUCCAGUUUCUUCCACCUAUAAAACUGAUGGUGAUUUGUAUAGAAUGAAAAAUUCUUGAGUGUGACAUUUAAACAACAGUCAAAUAUAUUAAUGUCUUACAGAGUUAUUCAGCCAAACCCAAUCUGAUAUUGGUCCAGGACUGCUUGUUCAAAAUGGACACUCUUGUCCAGAAUUUAAAGAGACUAUUCAGAAUCAGCAUAUA